CAUAGAUGAAAGUCCCUUGUUUUUACUACAGAGCAGCUUCUCAUCAGCUCAUCUGUCAUUUUAUUGCUGAGUUUGUCUUUUCAUAUGAUUUGUGGACUUAAACCGUUGAAGAUGUUUUGGACUGUUUGGUUCUGUUUGUGUUUCUGGCAUCUGGUUGGAGUGUGUGCUGAUGCAGAUGUACUGAAGUCAGUGUCAGUGAAGAAGGGAGGUUCAGUCACUCUAAACUCUGAUCUUACUGGAAUAAGAAAUGGUGAUCUGAUUCAGUGGUGGUUUUCGGUUGGAAGCACUUUAAUAGCUGAAAUCAAUAAACAGGACGACAGCAUGACUGUACAUGAUGAUGUUCUUGACGGGAGAUUCAGAGACAGACUGAAGCUGGACAAACAAACUGGAUCUCUGACCAUCACAGACAUCAGAACUGAACAUGCUGGAAAUUAUGAAGUAGAGGUCAACCGUAUUAGCUUCAUUUUCGAUCUCAGUGUUAAUGGUGAAAUAUCAGUGAUGAGUAUGGAGGGAGAUCCAGUCACUCUAAACCCAGGUUUUACUGAAGUAACAGGUGAUGAUCAGAUUUGGUGGUGGUUUGGCAGUGAAAACGAUUUAACAGCUCAAAUGAUUGCAUUUAAUAACAGAUUCACUGUAUGUGAUGAUGUAAUAGGUGGGAGAUUCAGAAACCACCUUAAACUGAACAAAGAACUGGAUCUCUGACCAUCACAAACAUCAGAACUGAACAUGCUGGAAAGUUUUAUAUUUUCAGAUGAUAGAUUGUAUAAACACUCACUCAACACACAGCCGAAAAUAUGUUUGUUGAUUAGAUUUUUUCUUAUCUUCAUUCUCUCAUGUUUGCAGCUCGUCUGCCUGUUCCUGUCAUAAGCAGGAACUGUUCUUCAUCAUCAUCAUCAUCAUCAUCAUCAUCAUCAUCAUCAUCAUCACAGCAGAAUUGU